UCAACUUCUGUGUCAGUUGAUCCCUCUGAUGACAUAGUUGAAGGCAAACCAGUGUUUCUAAAGUGUAGCAGUGAUGCUAAUCCACCCGCUAACUACACUUGGUACAAGAAGACUAAAACGUCAGCUCUUCAACCUCACAGAAAAGAUUCAGAGUUUUACCUGAAUCCCAUCCAGGCGUCUGAUUCUGGGGAAUAUUUCUGUGUAGCCAAGAACCAGUUGGGGGAAAGCAGAUCUGGGAACCUCGAUAUUGAUGUGAAAUACUCUCCAAAACGUGCAGAUGUUUCCCUGAGUCACGCAGAGAUAGUGGAGGGUGAUUCAGUAAAUCUGACCUGCAGCAGCGAUGGAAACCCAGCACCUUUUUACAGGUGGUACAAAGACAACCAAAUGAUGCUUCAAGGACAGGGAGGCGUGUAUCAGUUCACUUCCGUCAAGUCUGAGGACAGCGGGACGUAUUGCUGCGAGGUUGGGAACAUAUGUGGACGGAUCAACUCUUCAACUGUUCUUAUAAAUGUGGAGUAUUCUCCAAGGCUUCCCUCCGUGUCUGUGAGUCCUGCUGGUGACGUAGCAGCAGGAAGCUCAGUGAAUCUGACCUGCAGCAGUGACGCUAACCCUGCAGCUACGUAUACCUGGUACACAGAGCAUUCAACUUCCCCAGCAGCAAAUGGACAGACGUUUACCAUUGUGGACAUCAGAGGUGAACAUGGUGGAAAUUAUUACUGUCAAGCCAGAAACAGCAGGGGACACCAUAACUCCACCCUUCAUCUGAUUGUGGUUUCAAGUUCAGUUUCAUCUGCUGUUGUCGGGUCAAUCAUGUUUCUACUCCUGAUUGGUUUGGUUUUGUCUGCCUUCAUCAUUUUUAGAAAAAAGAAGGCUGUAAGGCAAAUUCGUCAGACCAGAGAGGGACCAGGAGAUAACGAGGCGAAGAUAUUGGGUAAUUUGAGCCGACAUCUGGAGAGUUCAUCAACUGCAGGACUUGGAAAUUCAGCAGCUCAAGACGACGUUUGCUAUGCUAGCGUACUUUUCUCUAAAAAUCAAGAGGAACCUCUUUACUCCAACUUUGUUCCAGCUGAACCCAAAACAUCUAAAAACAAGGAGGAAGAUGUGGAGUAUUCAGCGGUGAUGAUCAAAAACACACCUUGUAAGAAAAGCUAUGAUGCUUCAGAGGAAUCAUCUGAACUGUACAGCACAGUCUGCAAAGUCAACAGAUUAUAAACAACACCUGAAACUCCUGUUGAAUACUUUUUAUAAAUAUAAUACUUUAUGCAUUGAUCAGAAAUGAUCCUUUUCGUUACGAGAAACAUAAGGGACCUUUCACUUCCUGUUUCAUUAAAAAAAAAAAAAGUUAAAAUUGAUUAUAUGCAAAGAUGUGUGGAUUUUAAGGUUGUUUUAUGCAUUCGUUAUUCUAUAGUGUGAUCUUGUGGUUGUUAUCCUUGUAUUUAUUAUUUGCUUUAACAUCAACCUGCCAAAGGGACUAGAGAUGGAAAUUCUCGCUAUAAUGUUAUGUAUUUAUGUCAGUGUUCAUUUUAUGUAUUGUCCCAUUUAAAAAUAAACGUGAACUUAAAUUAA